UCUUUUAAGAACUACACGUCUUUCUAUCCGUGGAUCCCUUUAAAGAUCAUAUUUGACACAUUUAACUGUUCAAGACCAUACUUGUUCAACCCGCAGUAAUAAAUCAUUACGAUAUAUUUUAUGCAAUUAUUGGUCACAAUAUACAAACUACCAGAGGUCUCUUACGUUGUGAAGCAAGCACUUAAAUGACUGUGCGUGAAGUACAAUCAAUGGACCAGUAAACAGGGAACUACGGCAUCAGUCAAGGGGCAAAACACACUCAUUGUCUUGAUUUCAAAGUAAUUUAAAACUCGCCAAUGACACCUUGUGGUGUAUUUAAAUCACUACCUUACGUAGUUAAAGACACUGUGGAAGAACGGCAGGGAGCCCCUAUGACUUCACCGCUCGGCGACAUCAACAAUGGCGAGCUACUAGUUUAUUUUUUGAUUAAAAUUUUUAUCAAAACGAAAACAGUAAGAGGGGUUUUAAUAUAAAAGUACUAUAACUUGUACGAACAUUUAUCUUUUAAGGACUAUAAGUCUUUGUAGCCGUGGAUCCCUUUAACAGAAAGAAUGUUAAUAAUGUUAAUGCCAUCUUGUGGAUUUAUUGUUAUAAUAAACAAAUACAGUACUUAUGUACAGUAUGUUGAAUGUAUAUAUCCGUCUUAUCUUUCCAUUCCAACAACAAUUUACAGAAAAAUAUGUCAUAUUUUAGAGAUGUUUUGAAUUGCAAUCAAUUACGAUUAAUCAAUUUUUAAGCUGUGAUUAACUCGAUUAAACAUUUUUAGGGCUGCAGCUAUCGAUUAUUUUAGUAGUCGAUUAAUCGAUGAACUAGUUAGUUUGAAUAAUCGAGUAAUCGGAUAAGUAACAUGAAAAAUUAAAAAUUUUUAGCUGAGCCUCAAACGGUAUUAAAAAGAUAAAUAAAUAAGCAUCUAUGUACAACAAGAAAGAUUGGCUAACUUACAUAGCAAAAGUCAGCUAGCUUAAAUGCGAUAAAAAAUUUAAAAAAAAAAUGUAAUGCUCUUAACAAAUAGUUCAGACACAUAUUACUACAAAAAUGGGCUAAAUAUACCUUUAAACUAAAUUAAGAAUGCAUUAAAAGAAACAUUAGCUCAAACAAAAACUUAGCUUAUGUUGGUCUUAACAGGGAGCAACUGGAUUCAGCCAUGUUAAAUGAGGCAAACUAGAGGGCUGUGUAUAAAGCAAACACUUUCAAAACAAACCAUUACAACGGCACUUUAAUUAGAUCAAUACUCGAAGCAGCAAAAUGUAAUUCCAAUCUUUUUUUUCUAAGCAAAUACGUGAGUUAAUCAAUUAAUCGUUGCAGCACUAAACAUUUUAAUCGUUUGACAGCCCUAGUUAAGACUCAUCUCAGGAACCAGAAGGUAUAAAAGCAGGAACCGCUCCUCAAUCGAGACGCUGUGGUACAGACAUUGACCUCUGUCACAAUGUUUUUGCAAAACAGCAGUUUGUAAUGAAGAAAUCCCAUCAUUAAUUGUGAAGCCAAAAUGCCCUCCAAUUCUGGAAUGACCCAGUGUUGGUGAGCCAAAUGGAGUCCACGUGGCACUGGCCUUUGGUGUCAUGUCUCCAGGGCCUGUACAGUUGCCGCUGGCGGCGGCAGAGCUUGCCGCACCCUACCGACUGCUGCCGCAGCAAGCUGGAAGCCGCCGCUUUCUCCGCUCUAAUGGCAGCCUUCUCCCUCACCCUGCUUUUCCUCUACUUCUGGACGCAGGCCAAAAACGACUACGAUAACUUUGACUGGUUUAAUUUUGGCAGAAUGGGUUUCUGGUUCGCGUGGUCGAUGGUGGUGCUGGGAAUCGCUGCCCUGUUCUUCUCCUACAGUGCCGUGCUCAUGAUUCUUGCUGUGUGUUUGCUGUCAAUGGGCCAAAGACUAACUUUACACUGGAGUCACAAGAUCGGCGUGAUGGUGAGCUUGUUGUUUGCCAUUUCUGCCACCGCCGUCAUGUCGGAACUUUGGGGCCUGGAAUGGCUAACGGUGCUGCUCUCCUUUCAGGUCACUGCGCCGUACCUGCACGUCGGCGGUGUCGUGUUGAUGACGGUGCUGGCUUGGCCUACGGCGUUGCAUUUCUUCAGCUCGAUCGGCAGAAUAAAGCGGGUCUUGAUUUUGGUGGUGUACCUGUGUGUACUGUUGGCCCUUUACUUGGUCCCGCUCGGUAUGUAUUCUCCAUGCAUGAGAGAGGCCGGGACUCUGGGCCCCCCGCCGACUUUAAUCGGUCACAGAGGAGCUCCUAUGAUGGCACCCGAAAACACGCUGAUGGCUUUCGAGAAGGCGGUGGAGGCGGGAUGCGACGUUCUGGAGACAGAUGUCGUCACCAGUUAUGACGGUGUUCACUUCUUAAUGCACGACAGAACGUUGCAACGGACCACAGACAUUCAAAAAGUGUUUCCUGAGCUUUCCCACAAGAUUUCUGACAUGUUCUCAUGGUCGGAACUGAAGAAACUCAACGCGGGGGACUGGUUCCUCUCUAGCGACCCGUUCAACACGGUGUCCUCUCUGGGAGAAGACGAUCGUCGGCGGGCGGCACAGCAGUCUGUGUGCACGCUGGUGCAAUUCCUGGACUUGGCGGCCCGCACCGACAAGCUGGUCAUCUUUGACCUCUACGAACCCCCCGAAAAACACCCGUACAGAACUGAGUGGAUCCAACACACGGUGGACAUUAUCCUCCACAACUCCACUAUCAAGCCCUCACAGGUGCUGUGGUUGGAACCUCACCUUCGCCAAUUGGUUCAGGAAAUGGCACCAGACUUCCAGCAGGUAUCGGGUAAAGCGCUCCCUAUUGAUGAGCUCAAGAUGCAGAAUGUCUCCAGGCUCAACUUGCACUACACCGCCAUGUCCAGCCAGCUUAUCGGUUACUACGCGGCCGAGAACAUCACCACCAACCUUUAUGUGAUCAAUGAGCCUUGGAUCUACUCGUUGGCCUGGUGCGCAGGGGCCCACUCGGUCACCACUAACGCACCGCAUAUCUUAAAGGCUAUGAAGCAGCCCCUCUUCCUCAUGACUCCUACUGAAUAUAAGAUCAUGUGGCUCGUCACUGAUGUGGUGUCACUGCUGCUCAUUAUACUCCUCUUUGCUUUUCACAGGGGCAGAGCGAGAAUGGUGAGGCGCCAUCUGCACUCGGACCUCAAAGCCAUACAGGACACUGGAGACAAGUACGUUAAAUUCUGAUCAGGACAGUUAUGUGUUUCGCCAUGCGGAGACCUUCCACGAUGAGAAAAGACAGAAUGUUCCACAGCUGAGUGACAUUUGGUACUUGCCUAAUGCCACUACUUCAACCAGCGGAGUGGGGAUCUGACCUGGCCAUUUAGGACCUAAAUGGAUUGGACUUCUAUCACCGUCAAUGGUAGCAUCAAGAACGGACAUGCAGGAAUUAUACCGUGAAUGUGCAAUGAAAAGAAAGUCAAGAGAAUAAACAUACUUGCCCUGAUUUAGUUCAAAAUAUGUUCCAAAGUCAUUUAUUGACGUCUACAUGAGAACAACACGUUGAGGGUAGGGGGGAUGGUUAUAUACAUAUACAGUCUAUCAUGCAUUAUGUUCGCUUACUUGUCAACAGUCUUGAAAUAAAAGAAGCUACUUACCAAGUCUCCUGAAACAUCACAGCUAAAGAAAAUGCUAUCAAAAUGAAUUCUCUAGUGAAAUGUGUCAGAAAAAGUACAGAAAUCACAUCAGAACAUGCAUCACCUAAAGGUGAUGAACUAACAAUUGAAAGGCAACUAGUGAGUGUUAAGGGCCAAGAUGGCGUCCCCGGACUUUAUUUGCUGCUACCCCGAGAGCUUCGCUGUUUGGUCAUGGUGGUCAGCAUCUGGCUGAUGUACGACGUCAGCAGGUCGUCCAUUUUGUAGCCCUGAGCGUAAUCAAAUUUGACAUGAGCGUGAGAGGGGACAAAGUAAGCUGUUUUCAGGUGUCUUAACCAGGAGUGGGAUUUGAUUAAAAAAUGAACCUAAUUACUGUAUUUUUCGGACUAUAAGUCGCACCAGCCCAAAAAUGCGCAAUGAAAAGGGAAAAAAAACAUACAUAAGUCGGACCAGAGUAUAAGUCGUAUUUUUGGGGGAAAUUUAUUUGAUAGAAUCCAGCACCAAGAAGAGACAUGUCAUCUUGAAAGGCAAUUUAAAAUACAAUAGAAAACAACAGGCUGAAUAGGUGUAAGGUAUGCUAACAUUACAUAACGUUAGAAGUUAGAUCGGGCCUAAAAAAUCCAGCCCGACCCGACUGGCCCGCGGGUAUUAAAGCCCAACGUGGCUUGAGUCCGAUCAAUUAACUUGAUUUGCUUGCCCGAGCCCGAAAACCCCCAAAAUUUUAUGUUUUAUUUGUAGGCAAGAGCCCAAAAAAUAGAAAAGAAAUUUUAUGUUUUGUUUGUGAAGACUUAAGAGACGGAGGAAAUGCGGGGAUGCGAUGUGUGGUUGCGUUUUGUGUGAUCACGUUUGUGACGAUGCCGGUGCACAUAUGCAAAUGAUAACAAAUUAAAGCCUGUCUUUUGUAAUGAAUUCUCCCAGUUCAACAAGACUGUAAGAUGGAUAUUCAAU